AGAGUUGGCUACCGUCAGUCAGUCGUUUGAAGUUCGACCGUUAUGCGCGGCGUUCCGGAGCACACGGAGUCGGAGGAGUAGUCUCUCGAGGUGUUCGCUGGGUUUCAGGUUUUCGCGCGAUCGCGUGUGUCAGUGAGGUUGCGCUGAUUAUUAUUCAUUUCGCACUAGUUAGACGGAGAUUUUCUGUGCCGUGGUGUGGUGCCAACUCGAUGUUUGCGUUGUGUGGGCAGUCAAGCGGAGUUAUUUUUUUCCAUACUCCCCUUUUUUCGGGAGCUUGUUUGAGAACAGAAUUGUGAGACUGUGUUUAUCUUCAGCGAGAAUAAGAAUGUUUUGAAAGGGUCGUUGACGAAGCUAGUUUGGUUGAGUGCUGGGAUUGCCGUGAUUUAACCGAAGCGAAUCAAACAAGGUUGAGACGUUGUGCAACACUUCCAUUGGGAUUUCCCUUGAGGCAAGCAUUCGACGAAAGCAAACACAAGUCCUUCUGGUGAACACGAAUAUCGAUUGUGCUUGCAUAUCGAAUACAACUUGCCACUAGGACAAAAAAAAAUUGUUUCUUCCUUUGAAUUUCCUUCCGCUGGCACAAAUGUGUUUGAGUGGACGAGUUUAACUGACCUCACUUGUUGGAAUCUACAAGAAAGUUGGAUUUUCGCUACUGUCCUACUAGGUCGCAGCAAACAUAGCCGAGCAGUUUUCGUUCGCGCAGUAGCAGCAGCAUCAGUAGCAGCAGCAGCAAUAAAAAUAACGGCAUUAGAACGCGUCAGUCUCUGUGUGUUCCGAUAACCCGUCUCCUGCACAGAAUUGUACCCAACCCGAGGAAUCGUCCGAGAAGAAGAGGAGAAAGGUCAACAAGAUAGACGACAUCGCUUGAUCUAGCGUUACAUUUAUGACACCGGCGGCGGGGCAGCAGUCGGCAGCGUCGUCUUCACAGCUCGGUGUGCCAUCGUCAUCAUCUUAUCUGUAGCCAUUGAGUUGCACUUUUAUAGAAACGAAAUAUCUCAUGAAUGUGAUAAUUAAUCAACCUUAGAAUUUUAUUAAAUUUGGUGUCUCCGACGGAGAGUAAUAUUCCUGCUUUUAUUGUUUCAAACGACCUGAUAGAGGUUGGAAUAUUGUAUUCAGACGUUGCUGGUGAACAUUGUUACAAAAGAUGGGGAACUCAACGUCGUCACACGAACCGCUGGAACGGGGCUUCACCCGUGGGACGUACGGUGAUGUUAAGAAUACGAAGGCAGCAUCUUUUCGACACAGCAAGCGCUCCCCGAAGAAGAUGGAUCGUUUGCGAAAAUCGUUCCGUGAUUCAUUUCGCCGACGUAAGGACCGAGUCCCGGAGGCGGCGAAACCGCACCAGUGGCAUUCGGAUGAGCAAGCAGUGCGGUCUGCCACUUGCACUUUCUCAGUUAAAUAUCUCGGCUGCGUGGAGGUGUUCGAGUCGCGUGGAAUGCAAGUGUGUGAGGAAGCGUUGAAAGUUUUGAGAAACUCUCGACGCCGUGCAAUACGGGCUCAGCUGCAUGUUAGCGGAGAUGGUUUGCGGGUUGUUGAAGACGAUACCAAGGGACUUAUCGUGGAUCAAACGAUCGAGAAGGUUAGCUUCUGUGCUCCGGAUCGGAAUCAUGAGCGUGGUUUCAGUUAUAUCUGCCGAGACGGCACUACCAGGCGAUGGAUGUGUCACGGAUUCCUAGCGGCAAAAGAUUCCGGUGAGCGACUUUCGCAUGCCGUCGGCUGUGCGUUUGCUGUAUGUUUGGAACGGAAACAGAGGCGUGAUAAGGAAUGCGGUGUUACGAUGACUUUCGAUUUGAAGAACUCUACAUUCACCAGAACCGGAUCAUUCCGACAGCAAACGUUGACCGAAAGGUUGAACAGUGCAGAUACGGCAGUAGUUGCUCCUACUCAAAACAAUAACUCAUCCAAGCCGGUUAAUCCGUUCGCCAUCGAACGGCCACACGCAACGCCUUCGAUGUUGGAACGACAGGGAAGUUUUCGAGGAUUCACACAGAUCGGUCAAGCAUCUCCGUUCAAGCGUCAGAUGUCGCUAAGAAUCAACGAUCUUCCAUCCAACGCAGAAAGACAACGAGCCUUCCUAGAACCAACUACACCGCAUCGAACAACUGUUUCUCCGAUCCCUGAAGUUUCUCCUCAACCAACAGAUACCGUCAGUCAACUCUGUCAGGAACUAAGUCAAGGACUUUCUUUGCUAACCAAGAACGACGCAGAUGAUUUCUAUUUAGAUAAGGAAGCGAAGAACCUAACCGCAGCCUCUGUAAACAGCACAACGACUAUCGGGAAUUACGUUAGAAUGUCAUGUACUACUAGUCCGUCAGACCUUUCAACAGCUAGUACUAUCCCAAUAUCGUCCAUUUUUACACCCAGCUCCGUAGCACUUCAGCAGCCAUCGAUUCCACCACGGUCCAUCUCACCGAUGAAACAACAAACGCUAGAUCUCACGCACAGUUCUGCCAUGGCAGUAACCAACCCGAUUACUGCCAACAGUAUAGCACCUUCUUUUUCGACAGUGACCUCGAUGGAGCCUGCCGCUCAGAAAGUUCUCCCUGUGGAAACCGUGUCCCCGCUGCCGAAUCCGGAACAGUGGCUCGGUCAGAUAGUGAAGAAUGUCUCUCCAUCUCCGAGGCGCGCUCCGUCACUGCACACCCGGGCAAAGUCGCUCAGUGCGGCCGAUCCAUUCGAUGCCGAGUGGGUCGCCGAGGUAGCUCAGCCAGAAUUGCAUAGUACCAAUCCGUUCAUCUCGCCACCGAAACCACCGGCUCAGAGUUUUCAGGUGCAUCUUUGAAAUUUAUUCCGUGAGUAAGCUGCUGCGGGACACAAACCGGUGCUAGGGAAAGGCGCGUGUAGGCGCGAGUGCUGUAGCUUUUCGUUAGGGGAGUUACGAUGUGUGUCGGAGUGUUUGGACGAUCGCUAGGCGAUACUAGAUUAGACAGAAGUUGUAGACCGGGGCUAGGAAACGCGUAGUACUUACUCAAAAUUGAUUCUUACAUUCUGAUAGCAUUUAUUUUCGACUCAAAACUGUCGUUUUCAGAAAAUUGUUUCCACGUAAUACCGAGAUCGUUUUGUCAUAUCUACACUUCUUCUUUGUUUUGUGUCCAGUUCGAUCGAAAUAGUUUUCUGGAAACGGAGUCAGGAUUUUUGUUAGGGAGCUAGAUUGUCGCUGAUUGCUGUAGGCUGAGAGUAAAUUUAUUUAUUUCGUGAAUGUUUGCAGAUUAUGUCCGUUGAUCAAUUGUAGUAAAUUUGGUUCACUGGUUGAAACAGACAAGAAAAUAUUCUUCAGUAAAAUGAGUAGAAAGAAUGUGAUAUUUUUCAUUUCCAAAUCCGACAUCAGAGCCCACCAUGUUCAGCUUGAAACGAAAGGUGUUUUGAACACUCGUUUUUAUGCGAGCUUAUCCAGCAUUGAAUCGCGGUGAUAAAAUGAAUUAUUCUGUUAUAGUGAACCAAUAAUAAUGGUUUCAUUCAGGUUCUGGUUGGUUUUGGAAUUGAAUAAUGAGACAAUACCGAGGAUAUUUUCCCAUGAUGACUCCAGAAAGUUGACUUAAAUAUGCCCAACCUCCGGAAAAUAUUCGAGAGAGUUUUAAACUUUUGUGGAAUGAAAACGAUAUGGCGCUGGGUUUCUUGAUUACUGCUUCAAAACCAUAUUGUUUAUGCUAGUAUAUAUUUAGAUACAAGGUGCUAAAAGCAUGUUAUCGUGUUAGUUACAACUUCUAAAUCAGCAGCAGCAACAGCGACAUAAAUAGUAUCAAUGUUCCAUUGAAUCUUUAGGAAAUGGCAUCUAAAGAUAUCCUCAUUCAUACAGUAAGAACAACUACCUAUAUGAAACGCAUAGUUAAAUCAAACCGGCUUAAGCAGCUUUACCUGUGUAUCUGUAUACCUUAAAAUAUCCAAUUAAUCUCCCUCAGCACACAUUACUCUUUACCAUAUGAAACAUAAUCGUGCAUAUUCCAAGCAGAACCAAAUGGAAGUAUUAGCAAUUUACAGAAUUUACAAAAAAUAAAAAGAAAUUAUUUACGAAAAACUAACACCAGACAACGUAAUAUUCUAUUCACAAAAGAAGAUACAAUCCACAGCCGGUUACUUCUUGAGCACCAUCGCUAAAGGGCUUUUCAGCAUCGUAUACAGCUACUUUACAAGGGCUGCUAAGUUCAAAAGACAGUCCAUAUAAAAUCGAAUUAUAAUAUAUAUCAAAACAACCAAUAUUUUACAAUCUAGCUGUAUCUAGCGGAAAUAAACUAACUUAGAACAAACAUAGAAUAUUAGCACAACUGUUUUCCGGCAAUGGCGAAUGAAGAAAGUAGAGAAGAAUUGUGAUCAAUGAUGUGGAACACAUUCAAAAUCAUGCUAUAACAGUGAAUAUUAUACAAGCGGAAACAUUUUUAGACUAAGAAGACUAAGUUGAUUUCGCACGGGAAAAAACGGAUAACUUAAAAUGCUAGCAGUUUUAUGGUUAUUUUUACUGAGAUGAAAUAGAAUUCGCGAACUAAUGUACUUAAUUAUGGAUAGUUUAAAAUUUCGAUUGUUGUAUAUAUUUAAUAUGCUGUUUAAUGCAGAAUAUUUUGAUGUUUUGUAUAUAUAUAGAUAUUUGUAAAUAUAUUCCAAACAAACUGUUUAUCAAAAGAAACAUUACAUUCUGAAUCGUGUUGUUAGCGCGAAAGUAUGCGUAGCUUCUCGAAAUGUGUUGGAAAUAUGGAUUUUUUUUUCAGUUAUGCAAAUAAUUAUUUAUACGGGUGAAUCGAAUCGAACGACCCGUAUAUUAGACUAAAUGUGUGGCCAAUAUUUGUACGUUGAUGCUUCGCAAUUACAGAAAAUAUAUUCACCCAUAGGUGUACAGAAGAA